AUGUCAGAUCCAGCUUUCACCCAACAAGUAGCUGAGAAAGCUUCAACCAUCGCUCUUUCUCCUGAGAAGGAAGCAGAGUACGAGAGGAUUACCAGAAGUUUACAGGAAUACACCGGUGGAGAUAUCAUCAGGAAGGUUUUGGCUGAGGGAGAGACGGUGAGAGCGUAUUGGGGAACCGCUACUACCGGUAGACCUCACAUCGCCUACUGCGUGCCUCUGGUGAAGAUAGCAGACUUCUUGACUGCUGGUGUACAUGUGAAGAUUCUUCUAGCAGAGCCUGAUGCACAGCUCCAUGCCUUCCUCGACGCUUCGAAAUCUACUCUUCAAACCGUUCAAUACCGAGUCAAGUACUACUCAAUUCUCCUCAAAACUGUUUUCACGGUUCUUGGUGUGCCCAUCGACAAACUCGAGUUUGUAACUGGAACAAGCUACCAGUUGAAAGCGGAUUACACUUUGGAUGUUUACAAAUUCCACGCUUUAACCUCAACAAGAGAGGCUGAACAUGCUGGAGCGGAUGUAGUGAAGGAAUCUGAAUCACCUUUGAUGAGCAGUCUCCUCUACCCUGGUCUUCAAGCACUAGAUGAACAAUACUUGGACGUACAUAUGCAGUUUGGUGGUGUAGAUCAGCGAAAAAUCUUCAUGUACGCUGCUCAUUUCCUACCACGAUUAGGCUACGCCAAACGAGCCCAUUUGAUGAACGCUAUGGUACCUGGAUUAUCAGGAGGUAAAAUGUCGGCAUCCGACCCCAAAUCCAAGAUUGAUUUCCUUGAUACUCCAGCAGACAUCAAAUCGAAGAUCAAAGCUGCCUUAUGUCCGCCUGGGGAAGUAGAGAACAAUGGUGUAUUAGCAUUUAUCAAGGCUGUAUUGAUACCCGUCCAAGCAUUAAGGAACGAACAGGCUUCCAACGAGGGUGAAAAGGCACCAGUGGGAGAAGGAAGUUUCGUCAGUGCUGGUGCACCCGAGGGAACCUUGUUUAGUAUCACUCGACCUGAAAAGUUCGGUGGAGAUGUCCAUUUCUCAUCUUACGAAGAAUUGGAAAAGGCCUAUGUGGCUGAACAAGUCCAUCCUGGAGAUUUGAAAGGUGCCGUGACGGACGCUUUGAUCAACCUUUUGGCUCCUAUUAGAAAAGCAUUCGAGGAAGAUAAAGAAUGGCAAGAAGUUGAGAAGUUGGCUUAUCCUGAUACGUCUGCUGCCCCAGCUGCCGCUGAUAAGAAAGUUAAGAAAAAGGAUGUGAGGAAAUCGGCACCAACUGAGGAAGAAAGAGCAGCCUUACGAGCGGCGAAAGAGAAGGAGAAAGCAGAGAAAGCAGCUGCCAAAGCUACAGCUGAAGGAAACCCAUUGAAACCUGCUGAACUCCAGAAAUCGUCUCAAGCGGCUGCCGAAGCCUCUCCUUCUGCUGCCAUCGCCAGUGGAAGCGGUUCUUCAUCUACAUCAUGUGUCACUUCGACCAAUCUACCGAAACUAAAACUACUUGCUAAAGGUAAAGUAAGGGAUAUUUACGCCUUACCUGCGGCUGAAGACCAAGACAAGUUGUUGUUCGUUGCUACGGAUAGGAUGAGUGCUUUUGAUGUGAUCAUGAACAAUGGUAUUCCAUCAAAGGGUAUCACACUUACUACCCUCUCCCUAUUCUGGUUUGACAAACUCAAGCAUAUCAUCCCCAAUCACGUCCUUACACCCUCCCCUGCAUCAUGCCUGGCCUCUCCCGCAGAUGCUUGGUCGGAAUUCCCUAGAUCAUUAGACGAAUACAGAGAUCAGUUAGAAGGAAGAAGUAUGAUUGUGACGAAGUGCGAGGUCGUCAAGAUCGAAGCUAUCGUCAGGGGUUAUAUUACUGGUUCCGCUUGGUCCGAAUACAAGAAAUCCCAGACUGUCCAUGGUAUCUCCAUGCCAGCGGGAUUAGUCGAAUCUCAGAAGCUGCCUAAACCACUGUUCACACCUUCUACCAAAGCCGAUCAAGGUGAACACGAUGAGAAUAUCCAUCCUGACAAAGUCAAAGACAUUUGCGGGCGUGAACUUGCUGAACAGAUUGAAGAAGUUGCUAUACAGCUUUACACUGAAGCGUCAGAAUACGCUUUAGAAAGAGGAUUAAUCUUGGCCGAUACUAAAUUUGAAUUUGGUUUAUUACCUGAUCCAUCUUCCCCCAACAAAACACAACUCAUAUUGAUAGAUGAAGUUCUUACACCUGAUUCAUCAAGAUAUUGGUCUUCUUCCGAAUACGUCCAAGGCAAACCUCAAGCUUCGUUCGAUAAGCAAUACUUGAGAGAUUGGCUUAUCAAAGAAGGUCUUAAAGCCAAAGAAGAUGUGACUUUACCUCAACACGUCGUAGCUGAGACUAAAAGGAAAUAUGAAGAAGCGAGAGACAGAGUGAUGGGUUUAGGUGAAUUUGGUAAACAUGGUAAGAUCGGGGUUAGAGCUGGAGAUGAAGAUCUGGGACUGCAGACUGAUCAGGUGGAAGAUGCGAUUCAGUCUGAAGCAAAAGAUAGGCUGAUAGGUGGUAAACAUGGUAAAAUUGGAGUCAAAGCUGGAGAUGAAGAUCUGGGACUGCAGACUGAUCAGGUGGAGGAUGCGAUCCAGUCAGAGGCUAGAAAGUUGUAA